AUGGCUGCUAUCAGGAAGAAGUUGGUGAUAGUUGGGGAUGGUGCGUGUGGGAAGACCUGUCUGCUCAUCGUCUUCAGUAAGGACCAGUUCCCAGAGGUCUAUGUCCCAACUGUGUUUGAGAACUACAUCGCUGAUAUUGAAGUUGAUGGCAAACAGGUGGAGUUAGCGUUGUGGGAUACAGCAGGUCAGGAAGACUAUGACCGACUGAGGCCUCUCUCCUACCCCGACACUGAUGUUAUUCUCAUGUGCUUCUCCAUAGACAGCCCCGACAGUUUAGAGAACAUUCCCGAGAAAUGGACGCCUGAAGUGAAACACUUUUGUCCCAACGUCCCGAUCAUUCUCGUGGGUAACAAGAAGGACCUUAGAAAUGAUGAACACACACGCAGGGAGCUGGCCAAGAUGAAACAGGAGCCAGUUAAGUCUGAAGAGGGCAGAGACAUGGCCAACCGCAUCAGUGCCUUUGGCUACCUGGAGUGCUCCGCCAAGACCAAGGACGGCGUGCGGGAGGUGUUUGAGAUGGCUACCAGAGCAGCGCUGCAGGUCCGCAAGCGCAAGAAGAGGGGCGGCUGCCAGCUACUGUGAAGACACACAGUUUGCUGGCCAACACGCAGAGCAAACCUAGAGAAACCUUAAAUCAAUGGCUUCCGUGGACUAUACUUACUACUUCACAGAUGCAGAUAUGCCACAAGAGAAUAUGAAAGACUGACACACCUGUUUAAAAGCAAAACAAAUCAGCUUUUUUUUUUUUACCAUUUCCUCUGCUACUCACACUGUCAGUUUGUUUGUUUUUUUUCCCUCCACCAGAAUACCAGCCUGUUGGUGUGAAGGACCUGCCCCUUCCUCCUUUAUGAAUGUAUGUUUGUAUUUAUAUGUGCAUAUACUUUACAAAUAUAUCAUGCGUCUGCCUCUGUGUUUGAUUGUUUACAGAGAAGGGUCUUGCUCGCGGCUACAAGUUAGACAAUUUUUAGAUAUGCCUUAAUUCGUAUGGAACCACUGCUUCUUUUGAAGUACCACUCAAGUCUCCUUUUUAUACAUCAGCUCCAGUCACCAUCCACCUAUUUGUCAUACCACUAUUCAUUUUAAACCCUUAAAGUCCCAUUUCACCAAGUGCUGAGCAGAGCUGUUUUCCCCAGAUUUAUCUUCUGACAUAAAGGACUAAAUUUAGAGCCUGUUCACACGGCAUUAAUCUACAGAAACCGAAGCAGCAGCGACUAAUUGUGGGGAGAGGUUUUGGACUGCAUCUUGCUCUGUGUCUCUCCUAUGGCGAUAGCUUAAACUGGCACUGGAGACAGUGGACUAUUGUCAUGGACACAACACUGUCACGCUCACUCUGGCUCUGACAGAGUUGCCUCUAUCAAGACGUCACCAAUGCCCUUACCCAAAAAAGCCUCUUGUCUGAACGCUGUACUGUUGAUUCAGAUCCAGAAUACAGUCAUUAUGCAUCACUUUGCACACUGUAAUAUACAGGUUUGAUAAUGGAUGCACACUAUAUACAGCCGUAUUGAUAUUCAGACAGAUUACAGGCCCUGUGUGUGUGUGUGUGUGUGUGUGUGUGUGUAUAAACAUUUUAAUAAAAUUUAUAACUGACAACUUUAUUGAAAGCUCAGACAUUAUUUCAAGUGCGUCAUCUCUUCAGUUUGGCUCACCAUCAGUAGCUUUCUUGAUUUAUUUGAAUUCGGGGCUUUGUUGGUGCAUAAUAGGCCUGACACAGGAGACAUUCCUUAAAAUGUGAUUAGGGGGAAAAAAAAAACAAUCUGAGUGCGUAGCCAGAGUCCAGUCAAAAUGUUUAUCAAGUAGCCCUUAAAGGUCACUGACAAACAGGUUGUGUAUGUGAGAGAACUACUGUGGCGUGUGAACAAGGAAUUGAGAUGAAAAGCCAGAGAGCGACUUUGUCAGUGGUCCCAACCACAACUUCUAAACGUCAUUUUCUCUAUACGUGUAUUCUCAUCACUGACAGAAUCAUCAACCCACCUCAUCGUCUUAUAGGCUGCAACAUGGUGAUCUUUGUUAUCCAGGACAUUCCGAUCCAUAGAGAUCAGAAUGUUGCGGGCUUGGGCUAAUUCCUGGACAGUGCCUCUCUGUCCGUAAUCAGAAUCAGGUUUAUUGCCAGGUACAUGUCAAAAAAAACAUAGUUCAAUAGAAAAUGUUGAUUGUGAUGAUGCUUUGCAAACAGGAGUGGGAUGUGCUGAAUGUCUGGAUGAGACAGAAAUGUUAAUAAAGUAUUUUUGAAAUACUACAUAA